AUGUUACCUUUGGCUACCUUAAAUAUACCCGGGAAUAAUACCAACAAUCAAUCACUAUUUACACCACCAAGCGGUGGAGACAUUAUUCUAAAGUCUAGCGAUGACAUCGAGUUCUUGGUCCACUCUACACACCUCAAACUCGCAUCGUCGGUGUUUGCCGACAUGAUCGCCACCGGGACACAAAACGACAUUGUCAAACUCACCGAAGAUGCAAUUGGCAUCUCCUAUCUGCUCCGAUUUAUCUACCCGAACAGGCUGCCGCUCACCAUUGACCCUGAUGCGCUACCCGUCUAUUUGACGGUGGUUCAAAAGUACGAUGUCGGAGGUGCACUCGAGCUCAUCGACGAACUCAUCGUAUUAAACACUCCCCCACACAAACUCCUUUCGUCCGACCCGAUACGAAUCCAUCAACUCGCAGGGCAAUUUAACCUCGUCAAGACUCGGGUGGCAGCUGCACCGCUUAUCACUUCCGACCAUGUCGACUUUUGCGAUCUGGACAAAGUGGCGGAGCUUGCUCGAAAAUACUCGUCGCUCAGGUUAGUCUACUUGAUGAACAUCCAAGCUAUGCGGGCAAAAGUACUUUCGGAUGUACUGUUCAAGUAUAACAGCGAGCCUAUCAAGCCGACCGGGUCCGACCAGGGGGUGUACUGGUAUCUUUCCUGCGGGGACUGUCAGUCCAGAAACGUGAAAAAUAGAGAAACGUUCAUGAAGAUUCCGCCUUCGUGGGUGUUGGCUUGGACCCGCCAUGUAUACGAGACCUUGCUCGUUUCUUCUGAACCUAUCGCUGCGAUGUCUGAUCUCCAACUGUUCCAAUCGUCUGUCUUUGAGAGGUUCAAGGGGCGAGAAGAUAUGUGUCAAAAGUGCUUGUCUGAUUAUGCGGAUUAUCCGUCUCAGGGGCCCAAGUUUGAUCGUUGGGCCGGCGGGAUAAAGAGUGUUUUGGAAGCGCAGUUGGCAAAGCUGGAGUUGGUGUAUGCACUUUGA